UUUUUUGUUUUUUUUUUUUUUUUUUUUUUUUUUCCUCUUUCUCUGAACCUUGACGUGGUUCGUGGAUUUGUGUGAAUUGAGCAACGGAAAAUGGCAGCAGGAGGAGGAGGAGGAGAUGAAAGUUCUGCUGGGAGGGAGCUUGAUCAGACACCAACGUGGGCAGUAGCUUUGGUUUGCGCAGUUAUCGUUGUAAUCUCUAUAUUAUUAGAGAAGCUUCUUCACGGAGUCGGAGAGUGGUUUAGGAAAAGACGAAAGGAACCUAUGCUGGAAGCUCUCGAGAAGAUUAAAGGCGAGCUUAUGGUUCUAGGAUUCAUUUCCCUACUCUUGACAUUUGGGCAAAUCUACAUUGCCAACGUCUGUAUACCCACGAAGCUUGCAGAUACAAUGUUGCCAUGUCCCAUAAAACAUCAUGGUGGCCACCAUCUUGAACCAGAGCAUGAACCUGCCCCUAAGGAGGAGCCAGACCACCAUAGGAGGCUUCUAUGGAAUGACCAUAGAAUUUUAGCUGGUGGUGAACCUGCUAAAGGGUGCAAGAAAGGGUACGUGCCACUUAUAUCUAUCCAUGGGUUACAUCAGUUGCACAUCUUCAUAUUCUUUUUGGCCGUCUUUCAUGUUAUAUACAGUGCCAUAACAAUGACACUUGGGAGAUUGAAGAUACGUGGGUGGAAGGAAUGGGAACAUGAAACUGAAACCAAUGAUGAAUUCAAUGAUCCUAAUAGAUUCAGGCUUACCCAUGAGACGUCUUUUGUUAAAGAGCACACGAGUUUCUGGGUCAAAUCACCAUUCUUCUUUUAUUUUGUAUGCUUCUUUCGGCAAUUAUUCAGGUCUGUUAAUAGAGCUGACUACCUGACAAUGCGCCAUGGGUUCAUCUCUGUUCAUUUAGCACCAGGAACUAAGUUUGACUUCCAAAAAUAUAUCAAAAGAUCACUAGAAGAUGACUUCAAGGUAGUUGUGGGAAUCAGCCCAGUAUUAUGGGCUUCUGCAGUCAUCUUUCUAUUGCUCAAUGUUAAUGGAUGGCAAUCUAUAUUUUGGCUGUCCCUUUUGCCUCUAAUUGUGGUCUUAUCAGUUGGAACAAAGCUGCAAGCAAUUAUAACUCAGAUGGCUGUUGAAAUCGUAGAAAGACAUGCUGUUGUCCAAGGCAUACCUCUUGUACAAGUCUCUGAUAGACAUUUUUGGUUUGGCUGGCCUCAAUUAAUUCUCCAUCUCAUCCAUAUCACUCUCUUUCAGAAUGCAUUAGAGUUAACAUAUUUCUUCUGGAUAUGGUAUGAGUUCGGGUUGAAAUCUUGCUUUCAUCAGGAUUUCAGUCUUAUAAUAAUGAGAGUUGCUCUUGGGGUAGGAGUUCAGUUUUUGUGCAGCUACAUUACACUUCCACUAUAUGCCCUCGUCACUCAGAUGGGAUCAACUAUGAAGAGGUCUAUCUUUGAUGAUCAAACUUCCAAGGCUCUAAGGAACUGGCAUAAGAAUGCUUUGAAGAAAAAGAGUGAGGGCCAGCCAGGACCGGUUGCUACCCGGACUUUAGGUGGCGGGCUGGGGAGCCCAGGUGACUCACCAGAGCAUUCUCCUACACUCGGUCGCCCUAGCUAUGCACCACCACCUAACACAAACACAUCAUCAGCCAACAUAAUUGCCAGCGUGGACGUUCGUGCAGAAAAUGCACCCUCGGAUCAUAAAGGGGUUGAACUUGGCAACCGCGACCUAUUAACAGGUGGUACAUGAUUGUGGGUGGCAAUGAACUAGGAUGGGGGAAAAUGUUGAUAAUGAAAUACCUCAUGGUUGCACCUGGGCUUGUAUUUUCUCUUCAUUACAUUUACCAUGUUUGUCUAUGUAUAUAUUGUACUAUAAGGAAACACAGAUUGAAACUGGUUUUGAUGUUGUGUUUUGUUACAUAUACCUAAUCAAUCAGGAUUGGAAGAUUGAUGCAACAACAGGGAUGCAAUUCAUUUAUUGCCUGAUUGGUCCAACAAUUCUCAAUUAUAUUUGUAUGAUGAUACAUGAUCUUUGAUUAAAGGUUCUGUACGUUGGUUUUUCAUUGUAUUUUUUCUCUUGAGUUUUACAUUCAAAUUUCACUGUCA